UUCCACAUCGCUCUGCUGCCCCCUCUCUCCCCGUCUUCCACUCUCCACUCCACCCUUUCUUCCGUCGCAUGCUCUCCCACGUCGAGAUGGCACCCGCCGGGGCCGGCGGCGGCUUCAAGCUGUUCGGCAAGGUCAUCACGCAGUGCGUCGAGGGGACCCAGGCGUCGCCGUCGCCGUCGCCCGUGUUCGCCGCGCAGGACGAGGAGCGGCGGCUGCACGGCGAGACGGACCGGACGACGACGGCGGUCAAGCGGGAGGCGGCGGACAUGGACUCGUCGCAGCAGCAGCAGCAGCAGGGAGCGGAGGCAUCGCGGCGGACGCAGCUGCAGGAGUCGGCGGAGGCGCGCGCGGCCGCGGCGCCGCUGCCGUGCCCGCGGUGCCGGAGCCGGGAGACCAAGUUCUGCUACUUCAACAACUACAACGUGAACCAGCCGCGCCACUUCUGCAAGGCCUGCCACCGCUACUGGACGGCCGGCGGCGCGCUCCGCAACGUGCCCAUCGGCGCCGGGCGCCGCAAGAACCGCCCGCUCGGCCCCAUCGCCACCGUCGCCGGGCACCACCACCACCACCACCGCGCCGCCGCCGGCUUCGUCCUCGGCUUCCCCAGCCCCUCCUCCUCCCCCACCUCCCCACCGCCGGUGUACGCCGACCGGUGGCAGCUCGGGCCGGAUGGCCGGUUCUGAUCCCAUCCCACCGACACAACCAUUGAUCGGCUCGUCUGUGGCCGAACCGGCCGCCCGGAAGACGAGGGUGGAUAGAGUUUGGUUUGACCCGCAGAAUCCUGAAUUCCCGAUGAGAUGAGACGGGAAGGCUGGCUAGCUUGUACGUGAAGGCUCACACAAGACAUGGAAAAAGGAGGAGAAUUCGAAUGUCCCUUUACUUUUCUUUUCCUUCUUCCCUUUGCUAUGCUAGCUUCCCUCUUGUUAAUUCCUUACUACUGUAGUACGUAGUAUUCCUAGCAGUUUGUUCGCACUUCUUUCUUCUUCUUGGGUUGGUCUGUCAGGAUGCGUCGCCUGUGUAAUGUAAAAUGGAACAGAUCAGGUUGCGCGGUAGUAGCAGCAAGUUGCGAGAAACUUGUCCCAUUCCCAUUGUGUAUGAAUGACGAGCAUGCGUGAGCUUUCAUGACUC